AUGGCCCGAGAGCGUCCAUUUCAAAAUUGCAAGUACGGAGAACUCCCCAUCCACAUCGCCUGCUUUGGGAGCUGUAGCCUCCAGCGCAUUCAGAAACUACUGAGGCUGAAUCCCAAAAGCAUCCGUGUGCCUACGGAGACUUCCUGGCUGCCGUUGCACGCCGUGGUGGCCAGUGGCCACUCCUUUGAGACUAUCAAGUUCCUCUACGAGGAAUAUCCAGAUGCCAUCCGCAUGCGUUCAAGGGGUGGCUAUCUGCCAUUUCACUCAGCGGUGGCCAAUGGCCACUCCUUUGAGACUAUCAAGUUCCUCUAUGAGGAAUAUCCAGAUGCCAUACGAGUACCGGUACUGAGCAAACAGGGUGGUUUCCCGAUUCACAUAUUGUCUCUAUCCGAGUGGAGCAAAGAUCCCAUUAUUCAGUUCCUGGUAAAGGCCGACCCGGCAGCCCUGAAAGAGAAAGAGCCAGAGAAGGGUAAUCUACCAAUCCAUCUUGCUUUGAAGGGACACACCUCUUAUGAAACAAUUCAGCUGAUGACCGACCUAUAUGAAAACAGCUUGAAGAUUGGAAAUGGGGAAGGAGACUUGCCACUUUACGUUGCAUUGAAUAACGGUCACUGCGCCAAGACGGUAGAAUGGUUGGUCCAAAAGACGCCGCAUUCAUGUGUAAAGCAGCUUCGUCUUGUCCUUUGUCUAUUUCCAAACAGGAUCAACAACGACAUCAAUUUCAGCAUUCUCUGUCUGUUGGCUCGCGAUUUCCCGUUUCUUGCUGAGAAUGAUUUGGGGCGAUAUGGAGAGCUAGGUCUACUAUUGCAUAUCGUUUGCAGAAACGUUGCAUCUGAGAGCCCAUCCAGCCAAUGGAAGGAUGCAUUGCAGUGA